AUAUUUAUAGCUGACACAACUGUCAACUUGUCAGACGAAAGUUGAUAUUUCUCCGGUUGCCUCUACUAGUCAAGGAACAUUUCCACAAUGCGACUGAGCUUGCUUCGUAACGCAAAGUUGGUGCCCCAAUUGAAGGAACUUCGGUUGCAUUUAUGCCAAACUAGCGACGCAUCUAAGGGAGCAAGGGACUUCGUUCAAAGGCACUAUGUUAACUUGAAGAAGGACAACCCAAAUUUGCCGAUUUUGAUUCGCGAAUGCGGUGGAAUUCAACCAAGACUAUGGGCUAGAUAUGAAAAAGGAAAGGAAACAUCAGUACCACUAACGAACCAAUCAGCUGACGAUAUUAUGAAGCAAGUGGAAGCUUUAGGAAAGUAAAUUCUUCCUUAUGGUAUUUGUUGAUGCUUUGAAGGAGUAAAUAAAUUUAGUUUACAUGUAUAA